UGUAACAAGUUGCAUUUAUUAGAUACCUAAAAAAACAUUCGUAGCUUCCACAACUUGUAAUGGAUUCCAGUUCUGGUGUUAGUUUUUAUGUUCUCCCAUAUAGGUCUAAUUUUCAUUUUUGCAAAAUUUUUCAUCAUCAGUUUAUCGGUAUCGUUCUAAGUUGAGGAAAACGACUAAUUUCAAAGGGUAGGAUGUGUUUGUUAAAAAAAAAAAAACAUUAUGUGAACAUUUGAAGAGUAGACGCUCCAUUUUGUAAACAUCCCUGAGGCUGUUGACAAAAUAAAGCGUACGCACUCAAAUGUUUUACGCGUAUUCAAGGCGUAAUCAAAUUAAGGCUUUAAUUUCAGUAAACGGAAGCAAAUAUUCCUUCUAUUCUAGCGUAAUCAAAAUAGCUAGAAACUGGGAAAUGUCCUUCUUAAAUUGAUUAAGGGGUUAGACGCUGAGCUUAGUUCUUCAGUAGGGGGAACAGGUAUAUCGGAAAGUUGGCAAAAAGACGGCUUGUUCUACUUCUGUUCGUUUGGGAGUCAGAACCAAUGGAUUUAAAAGAGCAUAGUUUUCAAACGUUCUUCGAGCCAUUCCGUAUCAAAUCAGUUGAGAAGAUACAACAUACCACAAGAGCUCAGCGGGUCCAACGUCUUGAAGAGGCAAAUUUCAAUCCCUUCAUGCUAAACUCUGAAGACAUCAUUAUUGAUCUGUUGACAGAUUCUGGUACGGGCGCCAUGAGUUCUGACCAGUGGGCUGCUAUCAUGAACGGUGAUGAGUCUUAUGCAGGCUCACCAAGCUACCGGAAGUUUGAAGCAGUAGUGAAAGAAAUCUUCGGCUUCCGUCACGUGAUCCCUACGCACCAGGGCCGCGCUGCCGAGAGGAUCUUAUUUCAGUGCAGUCUCAAGGAAGGGGAUGUGGUCCCAAACAACGCGCAUUUUGAUACAACACAGGCCAACGUAGAAAACUGCGGAGCUAAAGCGCUAAAUUUGCCAGUCCCCGAGGCCCUCGAUACUAAAGUAAAAAUUCCGUUCAGAGGAAAUAUGGACGUCGACAAACUAAAAGAGUUACUGUCGGGGGACAUGAAAGAAAGCGUUUCUAUGGCAAUGAUCACGAUUACUAACAACGCUAUCGGUGGAGAGCCCGUCAGUAUGGAGAAUAUCAAAGCAGUUUCCAAGAUCUGCCACUUGCACGGAAUUCCGUUUUUUCUCGACGCCUGCCGUUUUGCGGAAAAUGCGUGGUUCAUAAAAACGCGUGAAGAGGCUUAUGCAUAUCGCACGCCGCUCCAAAUCGCGCGUGAGAUGUUCUCGUACGCUGAUGGCUGUACCAUGUCUGCCAAGAAAGAUGGUCUGGUGAAUAUUGGGGGAUUUUUGGCCAUGAACGACGAGCAUCUUGCUGACAAAUGCCGCCGGGAGUUGAUCAUCUCGGAGGGGUUUCUCACUUAUGGCGGGUUAGCGGGGAGAGAUCUGGAAGCGAUGGCCGUAGGAUUGCGCGAGGUUUUAGAGGAAGACUACCUUCGGUAUCAAGUUGGAUUUGUCAAAAUGCUGGCAGAUUUGCUGAAGGAACAUCACAUUCCCGUGUUAACUCCACCAGGUGGACAUGCAGUCUACAUCGACGCCGCAGCUAUGUUGCCGCAUAUUCCCAAAGAGCAGUUCCCAGCUUGGGCCUUGGGUUGCGCUUUAUAUGUGGAAGGAGGAAUUCGAUGUGGUGAGUUAGGUGGGGUGAUGCAUGGAAAGGAUGAAAAGAUUCUUGAAAACGACCAUGAGCUAGAAGACGACGAAAAUGGAGAACUGCUACGCCUUGCCAUACCACGAAGGACGUAUACUGAGUCACACAUGAAGUACGUCGCCGAAGUAUUGCAAUACGUAUACAGACACAAAAGAAAGGUUAACGGAUACAGAAUCACCUGGGCCCCGGAAGUCUUGCGUCAUUUCAGUGCUCACCUGGAACCCAUUCCUCCAUCUGCCAAGAAAGAAGAGGGGCCUGAGGAGGACGACGUCGAUGACAUGGAGGAAUUCUUAUCACGCGUGCGCGGACUGUCUCUUCGUCGACAGUCCUACCAAUUUUUGUAACUUUAGCGAAACUCAUCACAGUUUGGCAUGCUCUUACGAAGGGCUAAAGCUCGUACCACCAAUCAUUUUGGUGGCCAAACUUUACAAUAUUAACUAAAUUAACAAAACUAACUUAUCAUGUCAUACCCUCCCCACCCCUGCCAACGCAGAUAUUAGCCACGUUCCUAUUUAACGUUUUAAUGGACCUCGAAUUCGUCUCAGCUCAGGAUAAUGCACUAUCCAGCACUUUGGCAAUCUUAUAUAUAUUUUAGAUGUGUCGAAUAGAGUUCAGUGUACGGAUAUGAUUAUAUAUAUCAGUUAUCGCUAUCGGUUGGUUAAUUAUAGUUACUGAACCAGAUAACGCCUGUUCCUAUUCAACCCUCAAUUAUUAACCAACCGAUUGCGCACUUCGAAUGCGAGUCGUAAAACAAAAUCCAAAGUAAUUACAACGGCCAAUCCAAAGAGAUGAAAAUACUUUUAAGGGCCAAUGGGAAUUCAAAGUAAAAAAACCAAACCGCCUAAAGCGCUGGAAAACGAGGGCGACCAAGUCGUGAUUAGUUUUAGUUUUGCAUCUGAUUGGUUGAGAGAGUGGUGCGAGUGUUCUGGACCAAUCAGAGCAAAGUAAAGCAAUACAAAUGCAAUGCGGGAUUACUUUCAACACUACAUUGAGAAUAUCUGUAGAUAAAUAAUAUAGCGUUCAAAAAUUUCAGUUGGAUUGCAAUGCCUCGGCAUCAAUGCUGAUAAUAUCCAAUCAAAUAUCUCCUCCCCGAGAGGUAAUAUCAGUUCCCGCCACAGUUCGCCCAUUAGAAUGGUUACGCUUCGACGACAAAAAAAAAAAUGGCUACACAAGUUGAUUAACCUUAAUUCAUUUUGGCCAUCUUAAUACAUAACAAGUAAAUAAAUUCCAUCAAAUACAUCUUUGUUAGUCGUUCUCAAUAGUAAAUGUUUCAUGUUUUCUUUAUCAUAGUGUAAAAUGCAACAAAUUUGUGAUCUAUUAAUAGAUCUUACCAUGACUAACAAUAACAGAAUUCAAGAAAUAAGAUUCAAAAUAAUUCACGCC